GCCCUCCUCUCUCGCCGCUCCACCAACUUGUCACCAAAGAUGGCGAUUUGCUGAGUGCUCAUGGAUACACACAUUUGUCGGUUAGCUGUUAUCCGAACCUAAACGACAACUUGAAAAACAACCAACUGCUAAGCGAAGCAACCAUUUCUUCAUUGGAAGGACGCCGGACAUCGCUACCAUGCAGAUCACGCUGAAAACGCUGCAGCAGCAGACUAUUCAGAUUGAGAUAGACCCCGAACAAACGGUGAAGGCCUUGAAGGAGAAGAUUGAGGCUGAGCGGGGAAAAGACAACUUCCCCGUUUCUGGGCAGAAGCUGAUUUAUGCUGGAAAAAUCUUGCAAGAUGACACGCCUAUUAAAGACUACAAAAUUGACGAGAAGAAUUUUGUGGUAGUGAUGGUGUCCAAGGUUAAACCUGCAGCUCCAGCCUCUCCGCCAGUCUCAGAAGCACCCAAGCCCCCCGUACAAGACUCUGGCUCUACUUCAACACCCGCCCCAGCUACAAACCCCGCUCCAGCCCCGGCCCCAGUCCCGGCCCCUGCAGCUGUCCCCAUUUCUUCAGAGGAGGCCAAACCGGAGCCAAAUACUGCAGCCACAGAACCACAGCAGCCAGCCAGCUCCAGCGGUGGGAGUCAGGGUCUGGACGCCUCCUCGACGCUCGUGACCGGAGCCGAGUACGAGGCCAUGCUGACAGAGAUCAUGUCUAUGGGCUACGAAAGGGAGCGAGUGGUAGCUGCACUACGGGCCAGUUUUAACAACCCUCACAGAGCCGUGGAGUACCUCCUCACUGGAAUCCCCAGCAGCCCGGUUCAAGAGAGUAACCCACCGGCCCAGGCCCCCACAUCCGGCCCCACAGAGCCCCCGUCUCUAGCAGAAGGAGAGAACCCCCUUGCAUUCCUGAGAACCCAGCCCCAGUUCCUGCACAUGAGACAGGCGAUCCAGCAGAACCCCGCUCUGCUCCCAGCCCUGCUCCAGCAGCUAGGUCGAGAGAACCCACAACUUUUACAGCAAAUCAGCCAACAUCAGGAGCUGUUCAUCCAGAUGCUGAACGAGCCGGUGGGAGAAGGGGGCGACGCGCCGGAGGUCGGUGAGAUGGGGGCGGCGGGCGAGGAAGGAGCGCCUGUCAACUACAUUCAGGUUACACCACAGGAGAAGGAAGCCAUAGAAAGGUUAAAAGCGUUGGGCUUCCCCGAGGCGCUGGUGAUCCAAGCCUACUUCGCCUGCGAGAAGAACGAGAACCUGGCAGCCAACUUUCUCCUCAACCAGGGACUGGAAGACGACUGAUCGGGAGCAGAGCGCUGCCCCUCCCCCCUUCUGCCCCACCCACCUCCACCGCUCCCCCUUCCUCAGCUCAGCAUAAAGACUGCACCCCCGACCUUACUGUCCAAGCCCAGCUCGAAGCAGAGGGGAGGGGUGGCGGCGUGGGGGAGGGGGUGGGACGUUGGGGGCGCACUGGGAUGGGGCGGAAGGGAGUUGGUGUUGGGGGGGGUUUAGGGGGGAGGGGGUAGGGAGGGAGGAAGUGUGGACGGGUGAUGAAAUCCACGUGAAUUCCAAUGGAAUGAGUGGGGUCGGUUUAGGAAGAUUAUAAUCUGAUUUUAGACGCGCUUCGUGAACAUUAGGGAGGGGGGCGGGUCUGCGUGUGUGAGAGGACGUGUCUGUGUAUGCCUGUUCAAGAUGGACGAAAACAAAACAAGCAAAGUGUCUGGCGUUCUCUAAGUCCGUUCAUGCUGUAGCCUACGGAAGCACCGCCGCCGCGGCGGCGGCGAUGACAUCAUCAGCGUGUGUAAACUGCUUUUCUGUGUCCCUCCUGUCAGCCUCACACAUAUGUCCAAAGACGGAGCCAGGGAGCGAAGAACCGACGACACGGCGGUCCAUUAAAGCAGCCUUCAGAACGGAACCCCAUCAUCAUCACCAACCGGGCCUUUCAGUUAAUCGAAAAUAAAACGUUUGUCGUGGUUCCAGAUGACACUACCCCUUCAACGCCGGCUAGAAGCGCUUCCUGUGCUCCUCUCAGUGCUUUGGGUCGGUUCUGAUCGGCUCAGCGAAGGCAGCCAUCUUGUUCUAAACCGCCUCGGGUCCAAAAGAAUCGGAAAUCCUCUGUAAACAAAUGGGUUCAGUCUGGUUCUGGUCCGGUUUCAGAUUAUCCUGUCAGCCUAGAAAUGAAGAUCACAUUUAUAAUAAAAAGAAGGAAAAAAAA